AUGGAUCCGCUGCUGCCCGCAGAGACGGAGGUGAUGGAGCGAGAGGCAGACAAGGAGGCGAGGAGGAAGAUCCAGUUCUCCGUGCCUUCCUCAGUGCCCACCCAGCUGGACCCGCGACAGGUGGAGAUGAUUCGACGUCGGAGGCCAACACCUGCGACCCUCUUCAGACUGACAGACCCGCCGUCACCAGAGGAAGACAGUGGGCCUCACCAGUGGGUUCUGGGAGAAAAUGGAGUCUUGAAAGCCAAACUGGUUAACACAUCAACCUACCAGCCACCUUCACUCAAAGCUGUGCAGAGGAUGGCCCAGGCUCACCUGUCCUCCCUAGACAUGAGCUCUGUGGACAAAGAGGAGCCCUCUUCUGGGGAGGAAGAGGAGGAACGUGAGAAAAAGAGCCAGCAGACAGCUUCAGGUACAGAUCUAAGAAAAGAAAGUAAACCACACAGGGAUCAGUCUGCUUCACCGGACAGUUUGACCAGAAGUGCUGAUCAUCACGGAGCCAAAGAAAGAGACGAAGGAAAGGGAGAAUGACAAAAGAAGAAGGUGGAGACAGAGUGAGCGGAUCUGCUUUGCAUAAGACACGUAUGGGCCAUAUGUGUGUGUGCAUGGGUGUACAUAUGAGGGUGUGUUAUUUGGGUCUGUGAGUGUGUGCAUGCAUGCGACAAGCGAGUCAAAUGUGGAAAAAAGUGGGGGUGGAAAACAGACGGUCAUCGAGGAAGGUCAGAAUAUUAAUGAGCAGGUGUGAGGAAGCGUUUAACCUGAGACUUGAAGAAAAUCACAUCUCAGUCUGCCACAGAAGCCAGGGCCAAUCAGCCAAGGACACCGCACAAAAAAUAUGAGAAUUGCAAAGAACUAUGGCACCUUCUCUUGCGAUUAUGUGUGUGUGUGUGUGUGGUUUUUUUUUUUAGAUUCAACAGGAUUCAAGAUAUCAACAUGUAUUCUGACACUUGCUCCUUUGGCAGGUUUUCCGCAUGCAUGUGAGAACAUUUUGUGCACAGUAUUUCACUACAUUGGUGCUAAAACACGCAUCAAGAACAACCAGACACAGCAGCAAAUGCACAUGGCUCAGGACAGGAUCUCCAUUUGAUGCAAAGGGUCAAAUAACAUAUACUUGACAUUACCCUAUGAUAAUAAAUUUUACAUUUUAGUCUAAUCUGUAGUGUGAUGGCCACAGUAUUUUUGCUGAAUAUGUAAAUGGCCAUGAAUGAAUAAGGUAUACACUAUAUUAAAUUAUAUACUAAGUAUACACAAUAACUGGAACUUAACUCAAUGCAUAUAGGGCUGCUUUCACAUUUAAAUCACAACUUUCAUUUUGCUUUCCUCAACCUUGUAAAUGUUUGGGUGCAAGGUCAAGGAAAUCAAAGGAAGAUGGAUUACAGCCUAUCUGAGCGCAGUUACAGUCACACCAGACCAGAUUACAUCAUAUCAUACUAAUCCAACUAAUCACGAUAAUGCAGCGCAGUCUCUCUGGUUUGACAUAAUGAAAGGUCUUUUUGUAACAUGCUGAUUAGUAAGCAUUAUCUGUUCAGGGUGGCAGAGAUGUUUGGUGGGAACUGAAAACAUACCUAUUUUUUUCCAAAAUAAUACAAAUGAUAAGCGUGAAGAUUCAUUGUCAACCUUGUAUAUAAGCAAUGUUUUGUGUUGGUUGCUA